CUCCCUCCGCCCGCUCCCACCAAUCCAAACACAUCCUCCAGCCUCGCGCCGUCACCGGGAGCUGGAUCAGCAGGAUCGGAACAAUAGCAUCCAGCACUGCGUCGACGCAUAUUCCGACAUUUCUCUUUGUGCAAACGGACAAAUCGUGAACAUAACGGCGCUGCUGGACACCGGGAGGACGGUAUGGGGGAGCACGCGGCGUUUCUGCUGUUACUCGUGGCGACCUUGACGCUUUCAUCCGAGGUGCCAGAUGAUGACUCGGUGGGUUUGCUAACCGAGCCCCAGGUGGCCAUGUUCUGCGGGAAGCUCAACAUGCACAUCAAUGUGCAGAGCGGCAAAUGGGAGUCCGACCCUUCCGGUACCAAGAGCUGCAUUGGCACCAAGGAGGGCAUCCUGCAGUACUGCCAGGAGGUGUACCCAGAGCUGCAGAUUACAAAUGUUGUGGAGGCCAACCAGCCUGUCAGCAUCUCCAACUGGUGCAGGAAGGACCGCAGGCAAUGCCGCAGUCAUGCACAUAUCGUGGUGCCACACCGCUGUCUGGUAGGAGAGUUUGUGAGUGACGCCCUGCUCGUUCCCGACAAGUGUAAGUUUCUGCACCAGGAGCGUAUGGAUCAAUGCGAGAGCCACCUGUACUGGCACACUGUAGCCAAAGAGUACUGCGGAGACCGCUCCAUGAAUCUCCACGACUACGGGAUGCUGCUGCCAUGUGGUAUAGACCGUUUUCGAGGGGUGGAGUUUGUGUGCUGCCCGGCCUGGGCUGAACGGGAGUCAGACAGCGCACAGCUUCAGGGGGAGGAAUCCGAUGUGUGGUGGGGCGGAGCUGAGAGCGAAUACUCUGAUAACAGCAUGACCCGCCCAACGGACAUACAGCUGGCUGCCAGGGAGGAUGACGAGGAUGUGGACGAAGAGGUGGAAACUUUUGAAAGGGAUGACAACGGGGAUGGAGAAGAAGAUGACGAGGAAGCCGAUAUGACGGAUGACCGAGAUGGCGAUGAGCCCAACGCUAACAUCGCCAUGACAACAACGACAACCACUACCACUGAGUCAGUUGAAGAGGUCGUUAGAGCGGUUUGUUGGGCUCGUGCUGAGUCAGGCCCAUGUCACGCCAUGCUGGAGCGUUGGUACUUCAUGCCUGAGACGGGCCGCUGCGCCCCCUUCUUGUUUGGGGGCUGUGGGGGCAACAGGAAUAACUUUGAGUCGGAGGAGUACUGCCUCGCUGUCUGCAGCAGCUCGUGUAAGUCCCGGGACUGUUUCAAUCUGACACUUCAGGUUAUGAAGGAGUGGGAGGAGGCUGAGAGGCAGGCCAAGAAUCUGCCUCGUGCAGACAAGAAAGCAGUCAUCCAGCACUUCCAGAUAAAGGUGGAGACUUUGGAGCAGGAGGCAGCGGGGGAGAGGCAGCAGCUGGUGGAAACCCACAUGGCCCGGGUGGAAGCUCUGCUGAACAGCCGCCGACGCCGGGCUCUCGAAAAUUACCUAAGCGCCCUGCAGGCCAAUCCUCCACGGUCCCGUCAAGUUUUGAGCCUGCUGAAAAAGUACAUCCGUGCAGAGCAGAAGGACAGGCAGCACACGCUGAAGCAUUAUGAGCACGUCCGCACAGUCGAUCCCAAGAAGGCUGCUCAGAUCCGCCCUCAGGUGUUGACUCAUCUUCGUGUCAUUGAUGAGAGGAUGAAUCAGUCGUUGGGUCUGCUCUACAAGGUGCCAAGUGUGGCAAAUGAGAUCCAAAACCAAGUCGCAAUUAUAAUGCAGCGAGUUCAGGUGGAGCUGUUUCAGCAAGUCUCUUCACUGCAGAGCGAUGGUCGGAUGGACGGCAGGGUGAGUUAUGGCAACGACGCUCUGAUGCCUGAUCAGGCCUACAGCUCGGCUCCUAUGGACCCUGGCCUGGAUGGGCUGGGGUUCAUUCACCCUGAGAGCUUCAAUCAGCCCAACACAGAGAACCACGUUGAACCCGUCGAUGCUCGUCCAAUUCCAGACAGAGGACUCCCCACACGACCUGUGUCUGCCCUGAAGCCGGAGGAGAUGCCAGAAGUGCGGAUGGAGACUGAAGAGAGGCAGAGUGCUGGAUAUGAAGUUUAUCAUGAAAAACUGGUGUUUUUCGCUAAUGACGCUGGAUCCAAUAAAGGCGCCAUUAUCGGGCUGAUGGUUGGUGGGGUGGUCAUAGCAACAGUCAUCGUCAUUACCUUGGUGAUGCUGAGGAAGAAACAGUACACUUCAAUUCACCACGGCGUGAUCGAGGUGGAUGCAGCUGUGACACCAGAGGAGCGUCACCUGGCCAAGAUGCAGCAGAACGGCUACGAGAAUCCCACCUACAAAUUCUUCGAGCAGAUGCAGAACUAAAGAGCUGCACAACAACAUUUCCUCGACCCCCACAGUGUCGGCCUGCGCUCUGUUCUAUUCAGCUCCUUUGCCCUCAGCCCCAGCACCUUCAGCACCCUGUUCAGGAGGUGAAGGGUGCGAGGAUGACUGCAUAGCCUGGUUUGUGUCUUUGAAAGUAAGGAAAGGAGACAUUUUUGUCAGGGGUUUGGGCCAAAGAAAACUGAUAUGGAACAAAGCCUCCUUAAAUCCCUUGAUUGUACAGAGCUAAGCAUUACCCAGCAGCUCGGUUAGACAAAGGUACCCUGUUACACCUACACAUUUCAGUCAGCCCCUGGAGUUCUCAUAGCAUUUGUACUGGAAAACCCCCCGUCGACUGUUUAUACGACAUCACGGCAGUAAGACACCCACAGCCAAAACUUGUAAUUUACCAAUUACUUCCUCACUGCUCCUCAAACCGGUCCGACGAGAGCUCUCAGAGCGACCCGUCGCACGAAUAUAGUGUUUCAGGUUUAUUUUUCAAAAAAAUGAAGAAAAAAAAUACAUAAAUAUAUACAAUCAAAAAUAUGUAAAAGCAGGAAAAAAACAUUAAAUUUUUUUUUUAAACGUGUAAUAUAUUAAGACAGAGAUUAGCUGUAAGUAUAUGUAGUGCAUGGCAAUAUUGAUGACUGAUUAAAAGUAUACUGUAUGUGGAGGUCCUCAGGAUGAGGAGGGGGAGGGGGGGUCCUCUCCCUAGAUAUUUUAGAAGGAUUGUACAUUUCUGGUGUCUUCUUUGUGACAUGAAGAAAAAAACGAGUAUUCAGAAUCCGGGCUGCUUUGUCGUCACAGACUUGCUUUAAUUGAAUCUUGGCUCUUUAUUGCUCAUCUCCAUGCUUCACUGUUGUGUUAGCUGCAUGGGCAGAAAAAAAAGCUCUAUGUAUGUAAUAUAUGAAGUGUAAUAGUAUCUGAAAGGAAGAUGAUUGUGUUACUUGUUUGCGUUCUAUGCACUCUUGUCAUUUUUGAUUAUUGCCACCAAAUAUUGCUGUUACAGUCUCUGAUGCCAACUGUCGCUGCACUUUGGAUUUUUCUUAGAAAGAGGCUCGAGGUUCAAACCUUUUAAGAUGGAAAGUUUUUAUGAAAGCCUAUCAUUCCACUGUCUUUGCUGUAAAUAAUUCAGAUGACGACACCUUCCUUCACUUCCAUUCCCACUUCCAGUCAUUUCUUUCCCAACCCCCCUUCCCCAUCCCUCAUGUUUAUCCUCUCCUUCUUGCUGUGUCAGCAAUAUUGUACAUUGCGGCACUUUGGGACGUUGUACGUGAGCAUUUCAUAAAUAGGACUGUUUGGGCGUGGGGAAAUCAGACAUUUUCUCCUCUCUGGACACAUUCCUCCACCAAAUGUCACGUUCUAUUUUUCUACAUCACCUAUGUAUACGUGUACAGCGCUUCUGUUUAUCCUGUGCUCAAUAUUUCAGCUCCUGUCGAAUCUGUAACUUGUGAAGAGGAAACAAUUUGCCACAUGUCACGGACACAUGGCCCUCUCUCUAAAUUAUUAACCAUGAAUGUGACAUAUUGUGCAUUUCUAUGAGAAAUACAACACAUAUCACCUGCACAUUGCACCCACACGUGGAUAGACACUGACUGAAGCUCUUAAUCAGGUAAAUGUUUCAAUUUGUAUUGAUGCUCACUCUGGGUAUCUUUGGAGCCUAGUGAUGAAACAAACUCUUUGUCCCUCUGCUCAUUGAUUCAGUGACCUUUCUCUGUGUGUAAUUAAAUGAACAAUUUGCUUAGAAAAAGCUUUCUACACUCACUAUACCAUCAAUAAAAUUUUGAAUGUACAUAGAA